CUCUUUUCAGUAACAUUAGAGCGUAUAAUAUCUAGACACACCUAGCAACGCUUUUGGAUGGAUAGCACUAUUUCUAAGAAUUAUUACCUUAAUAAUCUUCUUCUUUGGACUCCAAAUAUGUAUUAAGAGAUGAUGUAAAAUAAAAAGACAUGAAUUUAUAAACAUAGCCAGACUGAUACAAUACGGUUUACUUGCCUUUCAUUUCCUCAUUGGGUUUUGAAUAGUUUUGAUUGGCUUACCCCAGGUCCCAGAAUCUUGUCAUAAUCACCCAGAAACGGAUGCCAUAUUCAAUCAGAAAUCUACUGUCCUAUAAUAUUCAUU